GGAGAUGGCGGGGGAGGGAGUCGCCACCUCCAUCGAGCUCACCAACUGCCGGCCACGACAUGGUGCCACUACGAAUUGCAGUGGAGGACAGCAAGAUCGACAUCGGCGACUUUUUCAAGGGCGAUUUACCCAAGAAAUUCCUCAUGCUCCUGGGUCUGCUCGCGCUAUCCCGCGUGGGAAUCUACAUUCCCCUGUGGGGCGUCGAUAUCUCCGCCUUCCAGGAGCAACUGGGGGAGGGCUCAUUCCUGGCCACCCUAGACACGCUCUCAGGGGGCGGGAUUGGACGGCUGGGAUUGUUUUCGCUGGGCAUCGUGCCGUAUAUCAACGCUCAGAUCGUGUUCCAGCUGCUGGGGACGCUGUACCCUAAGAUUGGGGAUCUGCAGAAGAAGGAGGGGGAGGCGGGGAGGAAGAAAGCGCAGCAGUACAUGAAGUAUAUGGCUGUGGCGUUCGGUGCCCUGCAGGCUAUCGGACAGGUGGCAUAUCUACAGCAGUACGCCUACGACCCGUCGGUCGCCUGGGCAGUCUCCGCCGUCUCGGGCCUCACUUUGGGAUCCGUGGCAGUCAUCCUGCUGGGAGACAAGAUCACUGAUCUCAAGCUCGGCAACGGCACCUCUCUGCUCAUCUUCACCAAUAUCGUUUCCUACCUGCCGGCGUCCAUUGGGAGGACGAUCACAGAGGCUUCUGAACAAGGGAAUGUGACCGGAGAGGCGCUGCUGCUCGCGUCCUUCCUGCUGCUCGUGUUCGGCAUCGUCUACGUGCAGGAGGCAGAGCGGCGUAUUCCAAUCAACUAUGCGUCUCGGUACAACAUCAAGACGCGGAAUGCGUACCUGCCAUUCAAGGUCAACUCAACGGGAGUCAUGCCAAUUAUCUUCUCUUCCUCGCUCCUCGCUGCUCCCUACUCCAUCGCUCGCUUUACCGGAAGUGCUGCUUUCCAGUCCGCUGCUACAGCUCUCUACCCUGGAGGUUUCUUCUACCUCCCCGCCAACGUGGCACUCAUUGCCUUCUUCAACUACUUCUACACCUUCCUGCAACUCGACCCUGCUGAUGUCAGCGACCAGCUCAAGAGGCAGGGUGCGUCCGUACCCAACACGAGGCCCGGCAAAGCAACAGCCGCACUCAUCACCAAGGUCCUCACCCGCAUUUCGGUGCUCGGGUCGGCGUUUCUCGGCACGAUGGCAGCAGCGCCGGCUCUUGUGGAAGGAAUCACUCACCUCACGGCCUUCCGGGGGUUUGCUGGAACGUCCAUCCUCAUUUUAGUCGGAUGCGCUACCGAUACAGCCAGGAAGGUGCAGGCGGAGCUGGUUUCGCAGAAGUAUAGGACGAUUGAGCUGGAUGAUAUCAGUGCGGGUGGUGGAGGGAUUCCGCCUCCUAGGUGGAUUCUAGGGACGACAGGCUCCAGCGUAGCAGCGCCUACCCGCCGCCGCUCCACCCGCCGUGACGGCGCCCACCGCGCUCACCAGGUAGCGCCGCGCGCGCUGCUGGCCGCGCGGACAGCACCGGCGAGCAUGCUGCACGCGGAGCAGGUCAGCGCGCCGUUCCCCCCUUUUCCCAUGCCUUUCCGCCUUGCGCAUGCAUGUCCGCCUUUCCCCUGCCUUUCCGCCUUGCCCAUGCAUUUCCGCCUUCCCCAUGCCUUUCCGCCUUCCCCAUGCCUUUCCGCCUUGCGCAUGCCUUUCCGCCUUGCGCAUGCCUUUCCGCCUUGCGCAUGCCUUUCCGCCUUUCCCAUGCAUUCCCGCCUUGCGCAUGCCUUUCCCCCUCUGCUCAUGCCGUUCUCCCUGCCCAUGCCUUUCCCCCUCUGCUCAUGCCGUUCUCCCUGCCCAUGCCUUUCCCCCUCUGCUCAUGCGUUGCCCCCUUUGCCCAUGCUUUGCCCCGUUUGCUCGUGCCGUCCGUUCCGCCAUGUCAGGGAGAUGGCGGGGGAGGGAGUCGCCACCUCCAUCGAGCUCACCAACUGCCGGCCACGACAUGGUAUUGAGGCCCGGGGCAGAGAUGGGGGGGGGGACUUGGGGGACUUGGGGGGGCGAGGGAAAAAAAAAAAGACUAAACCGAAUUCCCUCUUCCUUUUUUCCUCCCCUGCUUCAAUCUCUCCCUCAUCCCUCCUCCCCGCCUUCCCACUAUAUCUCUCUGCCUUUCUCUGCCUUGUUCUCCCUCCUCUUUCUCCCCCCUCUGCCUCCCGUUUCCACCUCUCCCCUGACCUGACCCGCACCACCUUUCCAGUGGAGGACAGCAAGAUCGACAUCGGCGACUUUUUCAAGGGCGAUUUACCCAAGAAAUUCCUCAUGCUCCUGGGUCUGCUCGCGCUAUCCCGCGUGGGAAUCUACAUUCCCCUGUGGGGCGUCGAUAUCUCCGCCUUCCAGGAGCAACUGGGGGAGGGCUCAUUCCUGGCCACCCUAGACACGCUCUCAGGGGGCGGGAUUGGACGGCUGGGAUUGUUUUCGCUGGGCAUCGUGCCGUAUAUCAACGCUCAGAUCGUGUUCCAGCUGCUGGGGACGCUGUACCCUAAGAUUGGGGAUCUGCAGAAGAAGGAGGGGGAGGCGGGGAGGAAGAAAGCGCAGCAGUACAUGAAGUAUAUGGCUGUGGCGUUCGGUGCCCUGCAGGAAGCAGAGCGGCGUUUCUUCUACCUCCCCGCCAACGUGGCACUCAUUGCCUUCUUCAACUACUUCUACACCUUCCUGCAACUCGACCCUGCUGAUGUCAGCGACCAGCUCAAGAGGCAGGGUGCGUCCGUACCCAACACGAGGCCCGGCAAAGCAACAGCCGCACUCAUCACCAAGGUCCUCACCCGCAUUUCGGUGCUCGGGUCGGCGUUUCUCGGCACGAUGGCAGCAGCGCCGGCUCUUGUGGAAGGAAUCACUCACCUCACGGCCUUCCGGGGGUUUGCUGGAACGUCCAUCCUCAUUUUAGUCGGAUGCGCUACCGAUACAGCCAGGAAGGUGCAGGCGGAGCUGGUUUCGCAGAAGUAUAGGACGAUUGAGCUGGAUGAUAUCAGUGCGGGUGGUGGAGGGAUUCCGCCUCCUAGGUGGAUUCUAGGGACGACAGGCUCCAGCGUAGCAGCGCCUACCCGCCGCCGCUCCACCCGCCGUGACGGCGCCCACCGCGCUCACCAGGUAGCGCCGCGCGCGCUGCUGGCCGCGCGGACAGCACCGGCGAGCAUGCUGCACGCGGAGCAGGUCAGCGCGCCGUUCCCCCCUUUUCCCAUGCCUUUCCGCCUUGCGCAUGCAUGUCCGCCUUUCCCCUGCCUUUCCGCCUUGCCCAUGCAUUUCCGCCUUCCCCAUGCCUUUCCGCCUUCCCCAUGCCUUUCCGCCUUGCGCAUGCCUUUCCGCCUUGCGCAUGCCUUUCCGCCUUGCGCAUGCCUUUCCGCCUUUCCCAUGCAUUCCCGCCUUGCGCAUGCCUUUCCCCCUCUGCUCAUGCCGUUCUCCCUGCCCAUGCCUUUCCCCCUCUGCUCAUGCCGUUCUCCCUGCCCAUGCCUUUCCCCCUCUGCUCAUGCGUUGCCCCCUUUGCCCAUGCUUUGCCCCGUUUGCUCGUGCCGUCCGUUCCGCCAUGUCAGGGAGAUGGCGGGGGAGGGAGUCGCCACCUCCAUCGAGCUCACCAACUGCCGGCCACGACAUGGUAUUGAGGCCCGGGGCAGAGAUGGGGGGGGGGACUUGGGGGACUUGGGGGGGCGAGGGAAAAAAAAAAAGACUAAACCGAAUUCCCUCUUCCUUUUUUCCUCCCCUGCUUCAAUCUCUCCCUCAUCCCUCCUCCCCGCCUUCCCACUAUAUCUCUCUGCCUUUCUCUGCCUUGUUCUCCCUCCUCUUUCUCCCCCCUCUGCCUCCCGUUUCCACCUCUCCCCUGACCUGACCCGCACCACCUUUCCAGUGGAGGACAGCAAGAUCGACAUCGGCGACUUUUUCAAGGGCGAUUUACCCAAGAAAUUCCUCAUGCUCCUGGGUCUGCUCGCGCUAUCCCGCGUGGGAAUCUACAUUCCCCUGUGGGGCGUCGAUAUCUCCGCCUUCCAGGAGCAACUGGGGGAGGGCUCAUUCCUGGCCACCCUAGACACGCUCUCAGGGGGCGGGAUUGGACGGCUGGGAUUGUUUUCGCUGGGCAUCGUGCCGUAUAUCAACGCUCAGAUCGUGUUCCAGCUGCUGGGGACGCUGUACCCUAAGAUUGGGGAUCUGCAGAAGAAGGAGGGGGAGGCGGGGAGGAAGAAAGCGCAGCAGUACAUGAAGUAUAUGGCUGUGGCGUUCGGUGCCCUGCAGGAAGCAGAGCGGCGUUUCUUCUACCUCCCCGCCAACGUGGCACUCAUUGCCUUCUUCAACUACUUCUACACCUUCCUGCAACUCGACCCUGCUGAUGUCAGCGACCAGCUCAAGAGGCAGGGUGCGUCCGUACCCAACACGAGGCCCGGCAAAGCAACAGCCGCACUCAUCACCAAGGUCCUCACCCGCAUUUCGGUGCUCGGGUCGGCGUUUCUCGGCACGAUGGCAGCAGCGCCGGCUCUUGUGGAAGGAAUCACUCACCUCACGGCCUUCCGGGGGUUUGCUGGAACGUCCAUCCUCAUUUUAGUCGGAUGCGCUACCGAUACAGCCAGGAAGGUGCAGGCGGAGCUGGUUUCGCAGAAGUAUAGGACGAUUGAGCUGGAUGAUAUCAGUGCGGGUGGUGGAGGGAUUCCGCCUCCUAGGUGGAUUCUAGGGACGACAGGCUCCAGCGUAGCAGCGCCUACCCGCCGCCGCUCCACCCGCCGUGACGGCGCCCACCGCGCUCACCAGGUAGCGCCGCGCGCGCUGCUGGCCGCGCGGACAGCACCGGCGAGCAUGCUGCACGCGGAGCAGGUCAGCGCGCCGUUCCCCCCUUUUCCCAUGCCUUUCCGCCUUGCGCAUGCAUGUCCGCCUUUCCCCUGCCUUUCCGCCUUGCCCAUGCAUUUCCGCCUUCCCCAUGCCUUUCCGCCUUCCCCAUGCCUUUCCGCCUUGCGCAUGCCUUUCCGCCUUGCGCAUGCCUUUCCGCCUUGCGCAUGCCUUUCCGCCUUUCCCAUGCAUUCCCGCCUUGCGCAUGCCUUUCCCCCUCUGCUCAUGCCGUUCUCCCUGCCCAUGCCUUUCCCCCUCUGCUCAUGCCGUUCUCCCUGCCCAUGCCUUUCCCCCUCUGCUCAUGCGUUGCCCCCUUUGCCCAUGCUUUGCCCCGUUUGCUCGUGCCGUCCGUUCCGCCAUGUCAGGGAGAUGGCGGGGGAGGGAGUCGCCACCUCCAUCGAGCUCACCAACUGCCGGCCACGACAUGGGGGGGGGGGACUUGGGGGACUUGGGGGGGCGAGGGAAAAAAAAAAGACUAAACCGAAUUCCCUCUUCCUUUUUUCCUCCCCUGCUUCAAUCUCUCCCUCAUCCCUCCUCCCCGCCUUCCCACUAUAUCUCUCUGCCUUUCUCUGCCUUGUUCUCCCUCCUCUUUCUCCCCCCUCUGCCUCCCGUUUCCACCUCUCCCCUGACCUGACCCGCACCACCUUUCCAGUGGAGGACAGCAAGAUCGACAUCGGCGACUUUUUCAAGGGCGAUUUACCCAAGAAAUUCCUCAUGCUCCUGGGUCUGCUCGCGCUAUCCCGCGUGGGAAUCUACAUUCCCCUGUGGGGCGUCGAUAUCUCCGCCUUCCAGGAGCAACUGGGGGAGGGCUCAUUCCUGGCCACCCUAGACACGCUCUCAGGGGGCGGGAUUGGACGGCUGGGAUUGUUUUCGCUGGGCAUCGUGCCGUAUAUCAACGCUCAGAUCGUGUUCCAGCUGCUGGGGACGCUGUACCCUAAGAUUGGGGAUCUGCAGAAGAAGGAGGGGGAGGCGGGGAGGAAGAAAGCGCAGCAGUACAUGAAGUAUAUGGCUGUGGCGUUCGGUGCCCUGCAGGAAGCAGAGCGGCGUUUCUUCUACCUCCCCGCCAACGUGGCACUCAUUGCCUUCUUCAACUACUUCUACACCUUCCUGCAACUCGACCCUGCUGAUGUCAGCGACCAGCUCAAGAGGCAGGGUGCGUCCGUACCCAACACGAGGCCCGGCAAAGCAACAGCCGCACUCAUCACCAAGGUCCUCACCCGCAUUUCGGUGCUCGGGUCGGCGUUUCUCGGCACGAUGGCAGCAGCGCCGGCUCUUGUGGAAGGAAUCACUCACCUCACGGCCUUCCGGGGGUUUGCUGGAACGUCCAUCCUCAUUUUAGUCGGAUGCGCUACCGAUACAGCCAGGAAGGUGCAGGCGGAGCUGGUUUCGCAGAAGUAUAGGACGAUUGAGCUGGAUGAUAUCAGUGCGGGUGGUGGAGGGAUUCCGCCUCCUAGGUGGAUUCUAGGGACGACAGGCUCCAGCGUAGCAGCGCCUACCCGCCGCCGCUCCACCCGCCGUGACGGCGCCCACCGCGCUCACCAGGUAGCGCCGCGCGCGCUGCUGGCCGCGCGGACAGCACCGGCGAGCAUGCUGCACGCGGAGCAGGUCAGCGCGCCGUUCCCCCCUUUUCCCAUGCCUUUCCGCCUUGCGCAUGCAUGUCCGCCUUUCCCCUGCCUUUCCGCCUUGCCCAUGCAUUUCCGCCUUCCCCAUGCCUUUCCGCCUUCCCCAUGCCUUUCCGCCUUGCGCAUGCCUUUCCGCCUUGCGCAUGCCUUUCCGCCUUGCGCAUGCCUUUCCGCCUUUCCCAUGCAUUCCCGCCUUGCGCAUGCCUUUCCCCCUCUGCUCAUGCCGUUCUCCCUGCCCAUGCCUUUCCCCCUCUGCUCAUGCCGUUCUCCCUGCCCAUGCCUUUCCCCCUCUGCUCAUGCGUUGCCCCCUUUGCCCAUGCUUUGCCCCGUUUGCUCGUGCCGUCCGUUCCGCCAUGUCAGGGAGAUGGCGGGGGAGGGAGUCGCCACCUCCAUCGAGCUCACCAACUGCCGGCCACGACAUGGUAUUGAGGCCCGGGGCAGAGAUGGGGGGGGGGACUUGGGGGACUUGGGGGGGCGAGGGAAAAAAAAAAAGACUAAACCGAAUUCCCUCUUCCUUUUUUCCUCCCCUGCUUCAAUCUCUCCCUCAUCCCUCCUCCCCGCCUUCCCACUAUAUCUCUCUGCCUUUCUCUGCCUUGUUCUCCCUCCUCUUUCUCCCCCCUCUGCCUCCCGUUUCCACCUCUCCCCUGACCUGACCCGCACCACCUUUCCAGUGGAGGACAGCAAGAUCGACAUCGGCGACUUUUUCAAGGGCGAUUUACCCAAGAAAUUCCUCAUGCUCCUGGGUCUGCUCGCGCUAUCCCGCGUGGGAAUCUACAUUCCCCUGUGGGGCGUCGAUAUCUCCGCCUUCCAGGAGCAACUGGGGGAGGGCUCAUUCCUGGCCACCCUAGACACGCUCUCAGGGGGCGGGAUUGGACGGCUGGGAUUGUUUUCGCUGGGCAUCGUGCCGUAUAUCAACGCUCAGAUCGUGUUCCAGCUGCUGGGGACGCUGUACCCUAAGAUUGGGGAUCUGCAGAAGAAGGAGGGGGAGGCGGGGAGGAAGAAAGCGCAGCAGUACAUGAAGUAUAUGGCUGUGGCGUUCGGUGCCCUGCAGGAAGCAGAGCGGCGUUUCUUCUACCUCCCCGCCAACGUGGCACUCAUUGCCUUCUUCAACUACUUCUACACCUUCCUGCAACUCGACCCUGCUGAUGUCAGCGACCAGCUCAAGAGGCAGGGUGCGUCCGUACCCAACACGAGGCCCGGCAAAGCAACAGCCGCACUCAUCACCAAGGUCCUCACCCGCAUUUCGGUGCUCGGGUCGGCGUUUCUCGGCACGAUGGCAGCAGCGCCGGCUCUUGUGGAAGGAAUCACUCACCUCACGGCCUUCCGGGGGUUUGCUGGAACGUCCAUCCUCAUUUUAGUCGGAUGCGCUACCGAUACAGCCAGGAAGGUGCAGGCGGAGCUGGUUUCGCAGAAGUAUAGGACGAUUGAGCUGGAUGAUAUCAGUGCGGGUGGUGGAGGGAUUCCGCCUCCUAGGUGGAUUCUAGGGACGACAGGCUCCAGCGUAGCAGCGCCUACCCGCCGCCGCUCCACCCGCCGUGACGGCGCCCACCGCGCUCACCAGGUAGCGCCGCGCGCGCUGCUGGCCGCGCGGACAGCACCGGCGAGCAUGCUGCACGCGGAGCAGGUCAGCGCGCCGUUCCCCCCUUUUCCCAUGCCUUUCCGCCUUGCGCAUGCAUGUCCGCCUUUCCCCUGCCUUUCCGCCUUGCCCAUGCAUUUCCGCCUUCCCCAUGCCUUUCCGCCUUCCCCAUGCCUUUCCGCCUUGCGCAUGCCUUUCCGCCUUGCGCAUGCCUUUCCGCCUUGCGCAUGCCUUUCCGCCUUUCCCAUGCAUUCCCGCCUUGCGCAUGCCUUUCCCCCUCUGCUCAUGCCGUUCUCCCUGCCCAUGCCUUUCCCCCUCUGCUCAUGCCGUUCUCCCUGCCCAUGCCUUUCCCCCUCUGCUCAUGCGUUGCCCCCUUUGCCCAUGCUUUGCCCCGUUUGCUCGUGCCGUCCGUUCCGCCAUGUCAGGGAGAUGGCGGGGGAGGGAGUCGCCACCUCCAUCGAGCUCACCAACUGCCGGCCACGACAUGGGGGGGGGGGACUUGGGGGACUUGGGGGGGCGAGGGAAAAAAAAAAGACUAAACCGAAUUCCCUCUUCCUUUUUUCCUCCCCUGCUUCAAUCUCUCCCUCAUCCCUCCUCCCCGCCUUCCCACUAUAUCUCUCUGCCUUUCUCUGCCUUGUUCUCCCUCCUCUUUCUCCCCCCUCUGCCUCCCGUUUCCACCUCUCCCCUGACCUGACCCGCACCACCUUUCCAGUGGAGGACAGCAAGAUCGACAUCGGCGACUUUUUCAAGGGCGAUUUACCCAAGAAAUUCCUCAUGCUCCUGGGUCUGCUCGCGCUAUCCCGCGUGGGAAUCUACAUUCCCCUGUGGGGCGUCGAUAUCUCCGCCUUCCAGGAGCAACUGGGGGAGGGCUCAUUCCUGGCCACCCUAGACACGCUCUCAGGGGGCGGGAUUGGACGGCUGGGAUUGUUUUCGCUGGGCAUCGUGCCGUAUAUCAACGCUCAGAUCGUGUUCCAGCUGCUGGGGACGCUGUACCCUAAGAUUGGGGAUCUGCAGAAGAAGGAGGGGGAGGCGGGGAGGAAGAAAGCGCAGCAGUACAUGAAGUAUAUGGCUGUGGCGUUCGGUGCCCUGCAGGAAGCAGAGCGGCGUUUCUUCUACCUCCCCGCCAACGUGGCACUCAUUGCCUUCUUCAACUACUUCUACACCUUCCUGCAACUCGACCCUGCUGAUGUCAGCGACCAGCUCAAGAGGCAGGGUGCGUCCGUACCCAACACGAGGCCCGGCAAAGCAACAGCCGCACUCAUCACCAAGGUCCUCACCCGCAUUUCGGUGCUCGGGUCGGCGUUUCUCGGCACGAUGGCAGCAGCGCCGGCUCUUGUGGAAGGAAUCACUCACCUCACGGCCUUCCGGGGGUUUGCUGGAACGUCCAUCCUCAUUUUAGUCGGAUGCGCUACCGAUACAGCCAGGAAGGUGCAGGCGGAGCUGGUUUCGCAGAAGUAUAGGACGAUUGAGCUGGAUGAUAUCAGUGCGGGUGGUGGAGGGAUUCCGCCUCCUAGGUGGAUUCUAGGGACGACAGGCUCCAGCGUAGCAGCGCCUACCCGCCGCCGCUCCACCCGCCGUGACGGCGCCCACCGCGCUCACCAGGUAGCGCCGCGCGCGCUGCUGGCCGCGCGGACAGCACCGGCGAGCAUGCUGCACGCGGAGCAGGUCAGCGCGCCGUUCCCCCCUUUUCCCAUGCCUUUCCGCCUUGCGCAUGCAUGUCCGCCUUUCCCCUGCCUUUCCGCCUUGCCCAUGCAUUUCCGCCUUCCCCAUGCCUUUCCGCCUUCCCCAUGCCUUUCCGCCUUGCGCAUGCCUUUCCGCCUUGCGCAUGCCUUUCCGCCUUGCGCAUGCCUUUCCGCCUUUCCCAUGCAUUCCCGCCUUGCGCAUGCCUUUCCCCCUCUGCUCAUGCCGUUCUCCCUGCCCAUGCCUUUCCCCCUCUGCUCAUGCCGUUCUCCCUGCCCAUGCCUUUCCCCCUCUGCUCAUGCGUUGCCCCCUUUGCCCAUGCUUUGCCCCGUUUGCUCGUGCCGUCCGUUCCGCCAUGUCAGGGAGAUGGCGGGGGAGGGAGUCGCCACCUCCAUCGAGCUCACCAACUGCCGGCCACGACAUGGGGGGGGGGGACUUGGGGGACUUGGGGGGGCGAGGGAAAAAAAAAAGACUAAACCGAAUUCCCUCUUCCUUUUUUCCUCCCCUGCUUCAAUCUCUCCCUCAUCCCUCCUCCCCGCCUUCCCACUAUAUCUCUCUGCCUUUCUCUGCCUUGUUCUCCCUCCUCUUUCUCCCCCCUCUGCCUCCCGUUUCCACCUCUCCCCUGACCUGACCCGCACCACCUUUCCAGUGGAGGACAGCAAGAUCGACAUCGGCGACUUUUUCAAGGGCGAUUUACCCAAGAAAUUCCUCAUGCUCCUGGGUCUGCUCGCGCUAUCCCGCGUGGGAAUCUACAUUCCCCUGUGGGGCGUCGAUAUCUCCGCCUUCCAGGAGCAACUGGGGGAGGGCUCAUUCCUGGCCACCCUAGACACGCUCUCAGGGGGCGGGAUUGGACGGCUGGGAUUGUUUUCGCUGGGCAUCGUGCCGUAUAUCAACGCUCAGAUCGUGUUCCAGCUGCUGGGGACGCUGUACCCUAAGAUUGGGGAUCUGCAGAAGAAGGAGGGGGAGGCGGGGAGGAAGAAAGCGCAGCAGUACAUGAAGUAUAUGGCUGUGGCGUUCGGUGCCCUGCAGGAAGCAGAGCGGCGUUUCUUCUACCUCCCCGCCAACGUGGCACUCAUUGCCUUCUUCAACUACUUCUACACCUUCCUGCAACUCGACCCUGCUGAUGUCAGCGACCAGCUCAAGAGGCAGGGUGCGUCCGUACCCAACACGAGGCCCGGCAAAGCAACAGCCGCACUCAUCACCAAGGUCCUCACCCGCAUUUCGGUGCUCGGGUCGGCGUUUCUCGGCACGAUGGCAGCAGCGCCGGCUCUUGUGGAAGGAAUCACUCACCUCACGGCCUUCCGGGGGUUUGCUGGAACGUCCAUCCUCAUUUUAGUCGGAUGCGCUACCGAUACAGCCAGGAAGGUGCAGGCGGAGCUGGUUUCGCAGAAGUAUAGGACGAUUGAGCUGGAUGAUAUCAGUGCGGGUGGUGGAGGGAUUCCGCCUCCUAGGUGGAUUCUAGGGACGACAGGCUCCAGCGUAGCAGCGCCUACCCGCCGCCGCUCCACCCGCCGUGACGGCGCCCACCGCGCUCACCAGGUAGCGCCGCGCGCGCUGCUGGCCGCGCGGACAGCACCGGCGAGCAUGCUGCACGCGGAGCAGGUCAGCGCGCCGUUCCCCCCUUUUCCCAUGCCUUUCCGCCUUGCGCAUGCAUGUCCGCCUUUCCCCUGCCUUUCCGCCUUGCCCAUGCAUUUCCGCCUUCCCCAUGCCUUUCCGCCUUCCCCAUGCCUUUCCGCCUUGCGCAUGCCUUUCCGCCUUGCGCAUGCCUUUCCGCCUUGCGCAUGCCUUUCCGCCUUUCCCAUGCAUUCCCGCCUUGCGCAUGCCUUUCCCCCUCUGCUCAUGCCGUUCUCCCUGCCCAUGCCUUUCCCCCUCUGCUCAUGCCGUUCUCCCUGCCCAUGCCUUUCCCCCUCUGCUCAUGCGUUGCCCCCUUUGCCCAUGCUUUGCCCCGUUUGCUCGUGCCGUCCGUUCCGCCAUGUCAGGGAGAUGGCGGGGGAGGGAGUCGCCACCUCCAUCGAGCUCACCAACUGCCGGCCACGACAUGGGGGGGGGGGACUUGGGGGACUUGGGGGGGCGAGGGAAAAAAAAAAGACUAAACCGAAUUCCCUCUUCCUUUUUUCCUCCCCUGCUUCAAUCUCUCCCUCAUCCCUCCUCCCCGCCUUCCCACUAUAUCUCUCUGCCUUUCUCUGCCUUGUUCUCCCUCCUCUUUCUCCCCCCUCUGCCUCCCGUUUCCACCUCUCCCCUGACCUGACCCGCACCACCUUUCCAGUGGAGGACAGCAAGAUCGACAUCGGCGACUUUUUCAAGGGCGAUUUACCCAAGAAAUUCCUCAUGCUCCUGGGUCUGCUCGCGCUAUCCCGCGUGGGAAUCUACAUUCCCCUGUGGGGCGUCGAUAUCUCCGCCUUCCAGGAGCAACUGGGGGAGGGCUCAUUCCUGGCCACCCUAGACACGCUCUCAGGGGGCGGGAUUGGACGGCUGGGAUUGUUUUCGCUGGGCAUCGUGCCGUAUAUCAACGCUCAGAUCGUGUUCCAGCUGCUGGGGACGCUGUACCCUAAGAUUGGGGAUCUGCAGAAGAAGGAGGGGGAGGCGGGGAGGAAGAAAGCGCAGCAGUACAUGAAGUAUAUGGCUGUGGCGUUCGGUGCCCUGCAGGAAGCAGAGCGGCGUUUCUUCUACCUCCCCGCCAACGUGGCACUCAUUGCCUUCUUCAACUACUUCUACACCUUCCUGCAACUCGACCCUGCUGAUGUCAGCGACCAGCUCAAGAGGCAGGGUGCGUCCGUACCCAACACGAGGCCCGGCAAAGCAACAGCCGCACUCAUCACCAAGGUCCUCACCCGCAUUUCGGUGCUCGGGUCGGCGUUUCUCGGCACGAUGGCAGCAGCGCCGGCUCUUGUGGAAGGAAUCACUCACCUCACGGCCUUCCGGGGGUUUGCUGGAACGUCCAUCCUCAUUUUAGUCGGAUGCGCUACCGAUACAGCCAGGAAGGUGCAGGCGGAGCUGGUUUCGCAGAAGUAUAGGACGAUUGAGCUGGAUGAUAUCAGUGCGGGUGGUGGAGGGAUUCCGCCUCCUAGGUGGAUUCUAGGGACGACAGGCUCCAGCGUAGCAGCGCCUACCCGCCGCCGCUCCACCCGCCGUGACGGCGCCCACCGCGCUCACCAGGUAGCGCCGCGCGCGCUGCUGGCCGCGCGGACAGCACCGGCGAGCAUGCUGCACGCGGAGCAGGUCAGCGCGCCGUUCCCCCCUUUUCCCAUGCCUUUCCGCCUUGCGCAUGCAUGUCCGCCUUUCCCCUGCCUUUCCGCCUUGCCCAUGCAUUUCCGCCUUCCCCAUGCCUUUCCGCCUUCCCCAUGCCUUUCCGCCUUGCGCAUGCCUUUCCGCCUUGCGCAUGCCUUUCCGCCUUGCGCAUGCCUUUCCGCCUUUCCCAUGCAUUCCCGCCUUGCGCAUGCCUUUCCCCCUCUGCUCAUGCCGUUCUCCCUGCCCAUGCCUUUCCCCCUCUGCUCAUGCCGUUCUCCCUGCCCAUGCCUUUCCCCCUCUGCUCAUGCGUUGCCCCCUUUGCCCAUGCUUUGCCCCGUUUGCUCGUGCCGUCCGUUCCGCCAUGUCAGGGAGAUGGCGGGGGAGGGAGUCGCCACCUCCAUCGAGCUCACCAACUGCCGGCCACGACAUGGGGGGGGGGGACUUGGGGGACUUGGGGGGGCGAGGGAAAAAAAAAAGACUAAACCGAAUUCCCUCUUCCUUUUUUCCUCCCCUGCUUCAAUCUCUCCCUCAUCCCUCCUCCCCGCCUUCCCACUAUAUCUCUCUGCCUUUCUCUGCCUUGUUCUCCCUCCUCUUUCUCCCCCCUCUGCCUCCCGUUUCCACCUCUCCCCUGACCUGACCCGCACCACCUUUCCAGUGGAGGACAGCAAGAUCGACAUCGGCGACUUUUUCAAGGGCGAUUUACCCAAGAAAUUCCUCAUGCUCCUGGGUCUGCUCGCGCUAUCCCGCGUGGGAAUCUACAUUCCCCUGUGGGGCGUCGAUAUCUCCGCCUUCCAGGAGCAACUGGGGGAGGGCUCAUUCCUGGCCACCCUAGACACGCUCUCAGGGGGCGGGAUUGGACGGCUGGGAUUGUUUUCGCUGGGCAUCGUGCCGUAUAUCAACGCUCAGAUCGUGUUCCAGCUGCUGGGGACGCUGUACCCUAAGAUUGGGGAUCUGCAGAAGAAGGAGGGGGAGGCGGGGAGGAAGAAAGCGCAGCAGUACAUGAAGUAUAUGGCUGUGGCGUUCGGUGCCCUGCAGGAAGCAGAGCGGCGUUUCUUCUACCUCCCCGCCAACGUGGCACUCAUUGCCUUCUUCAACUACUUCUACACCUUCCUGCAACUCGACCCUGCUGAUGUCAGCGACCAGCUCAAGAGGCAGGGUGCGUCCGUACCCAACACGAGGCCCGGCAAAGCAACAGCCGCACUCAUCACCAAGGUCCUCACCCGCAUUUCGGUGCUCGGGUCGGCGUUUCUCGGCACGAUGGCAGCAGCGCCGGCUCUUGUGGAAGGAAUCACUCACCUCACGGCCUUCCGGGGGUUUGCUGGAACGUCCAUCCUCAUUUUAGUCGGAUGCGCUACCGAUACAGCCAGGAAGGUGCAGGCGGAGCUGGUUUCGCAGAAGUAUAGGACGAUUGAGCUGGAUGAUAUCAGUGCGGGUGGUGGAGGGAUUCCGCCUCCUAGGUGGAUUCUAGGGACGACAGGCUCCAGCGUAGCAGCGCCUACCCGCCGCCGCUCCACCCGCCGUGACGGCGCCCACCGCGCUCACCAGGUAGCGCCGCGCGCGCUGCUGGCCGCGCGGACAGCACCGGCGAGCAUGCUGCACGCGGAGCAGGUCAGCGCGCCGUUCCCCCCUUUUCCCAUGCCUUUCCGCCUUGCGCAUGCAUGUCCGCCUUUCCCCUGCCUUUCCGCCUUGCCCAUGCAUUUCCGCCUUCCCCAUGCCUUUCCGCCUUCCCCAUGCCUUUCCGCCUUGCGCAUGCCUUUCCGCCUUGCGCAUGCCUUUCCGCCUUGCGCAUGCCUUUCCGCCUUUCCCAUGCAUUCCCGCCUUGCGCAUGCCUUUCCCCCUCUGCUCAUGCCGUUCUCCCUGCCCAUGCCUUUCCCCCUCUGCUCAUGCCGUUCUCCCUGCCCAUGCCUUUCCCCCUCUGCUCAUGCGUUGCCCCCUUUGCCCAUGCUUUGCCCCGUUUGCUCGUGCCGUCCGUUCCGCCAUGUCAGGGAGAUGGCGGGGGAGGGAGUCGCCACCUCCAUCGAGCUCACCAACUGCCGGCCACGACAUGGGGGGGGGGACUUGGGGGACUUGGGGGGGCGAGGGAAAAAAAAAAAGACUAAACCGAAUUCCCUCUUCCUUUUUUCCUCCCCUGCUUCAAUCUCUCCCUCAUCCCUCCUCCCCGCCUUCCCACUAUAUCUCUCUGCCUUUCUCUGCCUUGUUCUCCCUCCUCUUUCUCCCCCCUCUGCCUCCCGUUUCCACCUCUCCCCUGACCUGACCCGCACCACCUUUCCAGUGGAGGACAGCAAGAUCGACAUCGGCGACUUUUUCAAGGGCGAUUUACCCAAGAAAUUCCUCAUGCUCCUGGGUCUGCUCGCGCUAUCCCGCGUGGGAAUCUACAUUCCCCUGUGGGGCGUCGAUAUCUCCGCCUUCCAGGAGCAACUGGGGGAGGGCUCAUUCCUGGCCACCCUAGACACGCUCUCAGGGGGCGGGAUUGGACGGCUGGGAUUGUUUUCGCUGGGCAUCGUGCCGUAUAUCAACGCUCAGAUCGUGUUCCAGCUGCUGGGGACGCUGUACCCUAAGAUUGGGGAUCUGCAGAAGAAGGAGGGGGAGGCGGGGAGGAAGAAAGCGCAGCAGUACAUGAAGUAUAUGGCUGUGGCGUUCGGUGCCCUGCAGGUACGUUACCUGAUUUCAUUACAUUCUUCUUGUCUUUACUAG